UGAUGAAAAGGGUUGAAGAAAACUGUCAUGCAAGUUCACUGCAGUUAGCUAAAGAAGUAGAAAGCCAAACUGGGGUGACUGUUUCCUGCGACACAAUAUGGCGUGCCCUGCAGAGGAAUGGCAUGCAUGGGUGUCUUCCACGAAUGAAGCCUCUCCUGAAGCCCAUGCACAAAAUAGCCCACCUAGAAUUUGCCAGAGCCCAUACUGAAAAAGAAGACUUCUGGGACUCUGUACUCUGGAGUGAUGAGACCAGGAUAACUGUUUUUGGAAUUGAUGGCUUCAAAACUGUAUGGCUUCGCAAAGGUAAGGAGUACAAAGAAAAAUGCAUGGUGCCUAUAGUGAAACAUGUGGGGCUGCAUAAGUGCUGCUGGUCUAUACUGCUCUAUAUUGAAAGAGAAGAUUCUACCAUCAUUCUGUGCCCUUGGUCGUCAUGCACUUCCCCAACAUGACAAUGAUCCAAAACACACAUUUAAGGCCAGUGUGGCAUUUCUGAAGAAGAACAGGGUGAAAGUAAUUCCGUGGCCAAGUAUGUCUCCUAAUCUGACCUCAAUGGAAACACCUCUUGGGAAUUCUGA